AGAGCCGAUUAUUUCCUCUCUCUCUCCCCCAAAUCUGCCCAAUUUUGCUUGGUCCUGAACCCCUUACUGCAUCACACCCCCCCCCACCAACCCCUUCUCUUUCGCCUGCCCGCCCCUCCCUUCCUCUCCCUGCCACAAUGGACUCUCCCAUCCUCAUUCUCCUCGUUGGAAGCUGCAGUGUUAACGCUGCUCCCUCCCGCCAGCUCUGGUCCUUCCCUCCUCCUGCAUCCUGGUUGCAGUAGCAUCCUUUGCCGGCUGAUGGUGAGCGCCUGAGAUAGGAGGAGAGCUGUGUCUGGGUACCACAGGAGCCAGGCCCAUCACCACCCACGCAGAAGGAGCGACUCCCUCCACUGGCCCGUUGGCUCCCCAAAGGCAAGCUAGGACUUAGACGGAUGGGGGCUUCAGCUUGGCAGAGGGCAGCCCUCGAAACGGCUCUCACCCGCCUGCUGGAAGGCCUCAAGUUAGCCUUGUAAUUUGGGUGGAUAACCCUCCAAGGGGAAGGAGCUGUCCACCCUUUCUGGGUGCUGAACUCAGAAGACCCUGCAGAUUUCUCUUAUUCGGAAGGAGCUAUCCACCCUUUCUGGGUGCUGAACUGAGAAGACUCUGUAAGCUUAGUUCUCUGGAGUGCAUUUCUCUGCCAACAAAGGGAAGGAGCUGUCCACACUUUCUGGGUGCUGAACUGGGAAGACCCUGCAGGUUUCUCUUAUUCGGAAGGAAGGAGCUGUCCACCCGUUCUGGGUGCUGAACUGAGAAGACCUCCCGAGCACAUUCCUCUCCCUUUGACCCCCAAAGCCAGAACACCAUGGAUGAAGGUUUCAGAGACCGGACCGCCUUCAUCCGCGGGGCGAAAGACAUUGCCAAGGAAGUGAAGAAGCACGCCACCAAGAAGGUAGGCAAAGGGGUAGACCGGGUGCAGGAUGAGUACACGAAGCGUUCCUACGCCCGCUUUGAGGAGGAUGAUGACGACGAGGACUACCAGCCCCAGGAUGGCUACUAUCGUGGAGAGCCGGCAGUGGACGAUGAGGGGGCCUCUAGCGACGCCACCGAGGGCCACGACGAGGACGAUGAGAUCUACGAAGGAGAGUACCAGGGCAUCCCCCGGAAUGACUCCAUCAAGAGUGGGGACCACUUGACGGCCAACCAGGAGGUGGUGAGCGAGUUCAGGGACUUUGACGACCUGGAAGGGGACAAGAAGAAGGAGAAGGAAGAACUGGCCCAGCAGUAUGAGCUGAUCCUCCAGGAAUGUGGACACGGGAGGUUCCAGUGGACGCUGUACUUUGUGCUGGGGCUGGCCCUCAUGGCUGACGGGGUGGAGAUCUUCGUGGUGGGCUUUGUCCUUCCCAGCGCCGAGAAGGAUAUGUGCUUGUCAGACUCCAAUAAAGGCAUGCUGGGACUCAUUGUUUACCUGGGCAUGAUGGUCGGUGCCUUCCUCUGGGGCGGCCUGGCGGACCGGCUUGGGCGCAGGCAGUGCCUCCUGAUGUCCCUCUCUGUCAACAGUGUCUUCGCCUUCUUCUCCUCCUUUGUCCAGGGUUAUGGCACUUUCCUCUUCUGCCGGCUCCUCUCCGGCGUGGGUAUUGGCGGGUCGAUUCCCAUCGUUUUCUCCUACUAUUCAGAGUUCCUGGCCCAGGAGAAGCGCGGGGAGCACCUCAGCUGGCUGUGCAUGUUCUGGAUGAUUGGGGGCAUCUAUGCGUCUGCCAUGGCAUGGGCGAUCAUCCCCCAUUACGGCUGGAGCUUCCAAAUGGGGUCUGCGUACCAGUUCCACAGCUGGCGCGUCUUCGUCCUGGUCUGUGCCUUCCCGUCCGUCUUCGCCAUCGGAGCCCUCACCACCAUGCCAGAGAGCCCCCGCUUUUUCUUGGAGAACGGGAAACACGACGAAGCCUGGAUGGUGCUGAAGCAGGUCCACGACACCAACAUGAGAGCCAAGGGUCACCCCGAGCGAGUCUUCUCGGUGACCCACAUCAAGACCAUCAAACAGGAAGACGAGCUGGUAGAGAUUCAGUCCGACACAGGGACCUGGUACCGGCGCUGGAUGGUCCGCUUCUUGAACCUUUCCCAGCAGGUCUGGGCGAAUUUCCACCAGUGUUUUGUUCCCGAAUAUCGUCGGGUGACCCUGAUGAUGAUGGCAGUGUGGUUCACCAUGUCCUUCAGUUACUACGGUCUGACCGUCUGGUUCCCAGACAUGAUCAAGCACCUCCAGAACAUCGAGUACGCCUCUCGCACCAAGGUGUUCAACAACGAGUCGGUGCGCCACAUCACCUUCAACUUCACGCUGGAGAACCAGAUCCACACCCGCAGCGAGUAUUUCAACGACAAGUUUAUAAGCCUCAAAAUGAAGUCUGUGUCUUUCAUUGACUCCUUGUUUGAGGAAUGCUAUUUUGAGGACAUCACAUCUAGCAAUACGUUCUUCAAGAACUGCACCUUCAUCUCUACCGUCUUCUACAACACGGACCUCUUUGAGUACAAGUUCAUCAACAGCCGGAUCAUCAACAGCACCUUUCUCCACAACAAAGAAGGCUGCCAGCUGGACUUCAGCGAUGACAACAAUGCCUACAUGAUUUAUUUUGUCAGCUUCCUGGGCACUCUCGCUGUCCUGCCAGGGAAUAUAGUCUCUGCGCUCCUGAUGGACAAAAUCGGGCGACUUCGGAUGCUGGCUGGGUCGAGUGUCAUGUCCUGCGUGAGCUGCUUCUUCCUGUCAUUCGGGAACAGCGAGUCCGCCAUGAUCGCCCUCCUCUGCCUAUUUGGUGGGGUCAGCAUAGCUUCGUGGAAUGCCCUGGACGUCCUCACGGUUGAGCUUUACCCAUCAGAUAGAAGGACGACUGCUUUCGGCUUCCUCAAUGCCCUGUGCAAACUGGCUGCCGUCCUGGGCAUCAGCAUCUUCACGUCCUUUGUGGGCAUCACGAAAGCGGUGCCCAUCCUUCUGGCCUCAGCGGCACUGGCCGUGGGGAGCUCCCUGGCCCUCAAGCUGCCGGAGACACGGGGGCAGGUGCUGCAGUGAGCGUGCGUCCGUGCGAGCGUGUGAAAAAGAGAGAGAGAGAUUCGCACUCGGCCCUCAUCCGCUCCUGCCCCGUCCCACUUGCCAGGGGAGGGGGGCAAGUGGCAGAUCUAGAGUUGUAGACACUGUGACUGUCUUGUCGUACCAUUUCAACCGGGGGGGAAAAACCGACCGUGGUCCGGGCUUUCGCCCGCAGACAAAUCUCACCCCCGGCCCUUCUCCCCAAUUUCCUCUUGUGGUUAUCGGUGUACGUGUGAAUCCUCACCCCCCUCCACCCACCCAAAAAGCAACCCCAAGGAAAUAGCAGGGGGACCGGACGAGGCGCAAAGUCGCCUCUCUCUCUCUUUCUUUCUCUCUCUCUGUCUCUCUGCGCAAAAGAGACGCAGACGGGUCAGAGGUCAAACAUUGGGGGGGCGGCGUGAUCCCCCCUCCCGAACCCAUGGCAUUUCAGGGUGUGUGACCCCCCCGCAAACCACUUCGCCAAUCCAAGCUGGGGUAUGUGUGCAUGUGUGUCCAACUAUCUGGUAGAGGACAUGUGACGAUGUUUUACACCAAUGUGUAAGCUUGUACAAAACAGUAAAUCUCACAGAUCUCGGGUGUGUUAACGUGCUCCAAACGUCCCCUUUUCCUUUCAUCUCCUCCUUCUUUUUUAUUUCUUAAAAAAGGGGUUCUCAAGAGGCACACUUUUGUGUCUCGGUGCACACCCAUCCCACUUGUGUGUGUGUGUGUAUACAGCGGGGGGAGACAAACAAAACAACCUCCCCCACAUUGUAGCGUCCGUUUCUGGGUGUGUAAAACUAGCGUCGGUUCGGGUGUGUGCUUUUGUUUAGCUUGACAUUCCAGGGCUCCGGACGGGGUUGGCGCCGCUGCUGGAAGGGCGGAAGAGCCUUCGGGUUUCUGGGUGCGGUGCAAAACACGCCCCGCCGUCCCGCAAACCGGGCUUCGCUCUUGUGAGCCUCUCCACAAUCUGUACAUUCAUUGCGCAUCUGUGUCAUUGGCUGCUGGUGGAUCUGUUUUGCUUUGGGACUCGAGUCAGCUGCCAUAAUUCCGAGCCAGAGACCUUUGGCCCAUCUAGUCCAGUGUUGUGAACACUGACCGGCAGCAGCGGGGCUCCGGGGGUGUCAGGUCUCGUCCAGGCCUAACUAGAGAUUGGAGCCUGGGCCUUUCGGGCUUCUCCUCCGCUGAGAUUGCCCCCACCCUUCCCCAAGAUAUAGGAACAUCUGAAGCUGCCAUAUACUAUUGGCCCAAGAGGUCAGUAUUGUCUGCUCGGACUGGCAGCAGCUCUGCAGGAUUUCAGGCAGGGGGUCUCUCAGCCCU